AUGGACUCGAGGAAGAGGCGUGGGGUGUGCGAGCAGGACAGGCACCAGAAGCGGGCGCAGCCACUGUCCGACAAGGUGCGAGGCUUUGUUGCGGCGGGAGGGUGCGGCCAGUGCGCGCGCGCGCAAAAAACUGGACGCAGUCAAGGGCCUCAGCUGCAACGCUGGCAUCAGCGCGUGCGAGAAGGGCGAGCAGUGGCAUCGAGCGCUGGCGCGCUGCUGAGCGAGACGUGGGAGGCGAAGCUGGAGCCCACCGUCAUCUGCUGCAACGCUGGGAUCAGCGCGUGUGAGGAGGGCGAGCAGUGGCAGCGGGCCAGCGCUGCUCAGCAAGAUGUGGGAGGCUAG